AUGCGAGUCGUUGCCACCAACGCGAAGGAUGCUGACCCACGGCGGGACGAGUACUCUGAAGACGACGAGGGAGGGGAGAGGUCGCCGUCGCACCUCGACCGUCAAAAGUCGCGCAUUGGCGCGCGAUGCCACACGGCGAAUGGUGGUGCCCGCGUGAGCGUGCGCGACCAGAUCUCGGACCUCAACACCAAAUGCUGCAAACACCACGACAUGCUUCGGGAGAUGGAGGAGCGACAGAAAGCGGAUAAAGCGUUGGUGGUGCGCUUGGUGGACGAGCUCGAGAAAAAAGUCGCGCAGGAUCUGUUUGUGAUGCAGACGAGCCACGACAAGGCCCUCAAGGCCGCCAACGAAGAGAUCGACCGCCUCUCCAAAUGCCUCAACGUCCAGCGCGGCACCGUCACGACCCUCCAAGAGCAGUGCGUGUCAUUGCACAAGCAUCUCCAUCAAGUCGAGGACGACGUCCAGACGCUGGCGACCGAAGUCUUGGGCGAUUAA